AUGAUCACUGCAGCAAUGUGCAAUGAGAUGGCCAUCUCAGUUGAAUAUAUGAAGACUAGUCCAAAACCAGCUAAAGGUUUCAGUGUUUUGGUUGUUGAUGGUGAUUCUGAAUGUCUAGAAAUGCUGUCAAGACUACUAGGGAGCUUAGGAUAUAAAGUUUUGACAGCUAAAGGAGCCUCUGAGGCAUUAGAUAUCACUCAGAAGAAGGAAGCUGAUCUUGAUGUUGUUCUGACAGAGGCACACUUGCCUCACAUGAACAAAUAUGAGCUCCUAGAGAAAAUGACCGCAGUCUCCAAUUUACCUGUUGUUAUCAUGUCUGAUGAUGAUGAUAUGAAUGCCAAGAUUGGUUGUCUGUUUAAAGGGGCUGUUUAUUAUAUUGUUAAGCCAGUCACAAUGGAUAAUCUCAAGAACCUAUGGCAAUUUGCAUUCAAAAACAACAGAAAUGUGGUCAUAGACAUUACUAAAGAGGAAAGCAAUACUCAUGUUGAAUCACAAGCAAAGAUACUGAAUUCCGAAAGAGAAAGGUCAGAAGGAAUGGACAAUUUAUAUUACGAGGAGAAAGAUAGCAAUUGUUCAACAGCCUUUACGAAGCGAAGGGUAAUAUGGACUGAUGAGCUGCAUCAUAGAUUCUUGCAAGCUGUCAACCUAAUAGGCAUUGAUGGUGCUCGUCCAAAGAAAAUAAUUCAGCUUAUGAAUGUUCCUGGACUGACGAGAAGAAAUGUUUCAAGCCAUUUGCAGAAAUAUCGCCACUCCUUGAGGCAGGAACAAUUAGCAAUUGAAAAGAGAAGGAUCAGAGCUUCCAAAUCAGCAAGUUUUCAACCAAGAAAAUCUGCAUCAACAUUUAAUUUUCAAGCAGAAUUUCCCCAACUCCCAAAUCUGUACUUCACAUCCACACCAUAUCAACCAGAACUCAGAAGCCAUUUUCUGGAGGACCUCAAUAGUCAAAUGCCCACUAGACCUGCCUUUGGUUCUGAAGAUAUUCCUAUUCAUGUGGACUCAAGUAGUAAUGAGACAUCAAAUAAAAAAUAUGGGCAACCAACUCAAAGCAAUCAGCUUGAUUAUCGUUAUUUUAAUGCUGAGAAAAUUGGACCAGGUCAGAGCAGCAGCAACAUGGAUUUGGCAGCUGGCUUUGGACAUGUUGAAAAUUUUUUCAGGCAAGAUAUUUUUCAGGACCAGAACAAGAACUUCUCUGAUGUUGGUGAUUUUGGUCAUCAAAAUGCAACAGAUUGCCCAAUACUUCAUAAUUUUAUACAACAAAAAGAGCAACAGCAGCCUUCACCACCACCACCACCACCUCCAAAACCACAAGACCAAGAAGAAUAUAACAGUUUUGGGGAAUUUGAUCCACACAUUCUGCUGUCACCCCUACUAGCAUCACAGGAGCAAGAAGAAUAUAACAUUUUUGGGGAAUUUGAUCCACACAGUCUGCUGUCACCCCUACCAGGAUCACAGGAGCAAGAAGAACAUGAUAUCUUUGGGUUUGAAAGAGAAGAAAGUGAUGACUUAUUUAACUUUGCAGAAGAGGACACCAUUCAAGUGUUUGAUGAUGCGGAUUCCGAUGAUUUCUUUUAA